AUGGAGUACGUAGCAUCAACCAGCGAAGCUCAAAGUGCUGCUGCAAAGACACGACUUAAGAAGGCUUGGGGGCUCUUUAAUGUUCCAGAGGAAGACUUUUCAGCCAUAGAGCUGUACCUUGCAAAAAAGGUGCCUCUGACAAUUAGAAUCGACAUCCAAGGACUGCUGCCUCACCUGAUGAGUGAUCCGUUCUACAGGUACGGUGUUCUGAACAUGGUGUGUCAUCCCUUCUCGGAUUCCCGAGUUUCUAUGUUCGGCAGCGCCUACCUCCUUCUUAAAGAUUCACUGCGCGCUCGAACGACUGUGGCUACUAGCAAGGAGAACCUCGGUUUCAACAUUCGUCGUGUUGGCACACUCGACAAUAUGUGGCACAUUAUUGAGACUCUAUCCACCCAUGAAGUGACAAGGAUUCACGCUGUAGCGACAGGAAGAAGAGCAAAAGCAACUGUAACCCCGGAUUUGAAGUAUUCUGAGAUACAAGUACACGGCAUGGUUGACAUGAGAAAAGAUGUUGCUGCCAUUGUCGUCCAACGACAGGAUCUGCAGUGCACGAUGAGGAGAAGCUUGAUAGAAGACCUGAGUAAAUUGUAUCUCUUGCCUGUGUUGACUUGCGAAGAGCUAGAUGAGAGUCUUGGUGACCGUAGGUGGUCCACAGUCAAAGAAACCAAGGCGAAAUUGACGCAGACCUCCGGCAACGUGACGCGACGAAGCAUCAAGGUGAUAUGGAAGUUUUCCACGGCAGUACAAGUCACCGUAGUGUGCGUCACGGAGGGAGGGAAAGCAGCAAAAGCUCUGAGAGCAACGCGCGUGUGGCUGCAGCCGGUGCUGAGCAGAGUGGGGGGCAUGGAAGGGAUGAUGGGCGUCACUCCGGGUCAGUGGCACGCCGGAGUUCAGAGCGAAAUCGCGUUCCGCCACAGCCCGUCAUUCCAGGAGACGGAGGCAGUAUGCGCAGCAGUGGAAGUGGAUCUCUGGGCAAGACUCAAGACACAGGACGCGGAGAAGGUGGCUUGA